AAUGUAAAUUUGCUUCCUUUUACUGCUGGAUCUGCGCCUAAAAUUCUGUUCAAAGAUCUGUAAUUUGUCAAUACAGUUUGUACGCAAUAUACGAUAAAGCUCCAACUGUUACCACAGAACAAGCUGGGAACAGUGUGCAUAUGACAGUGUCGGAGUAUUAUUGCACAGGUGUGAUGUUUAACUGAACAUUUCCUGGAGUGUUUUCACAAGCAGCAAAAGGCAGUGGAUAUUGGCUAUGACAAUUUCGAUAGAGAACCAGGAGCAUCCAUGUAAGUUAGGAUCUGGAAACUUUUAACAACCUUGCCUUCCUUCUUCUUCUCUGAGAAAUGAUUAAAAGAAAGGCCUAAGUUACAUAAAAUCAAACAGAGAACACGGUAAGUGUGCACUUAUUGAUAUCAGUAACAUGCGGGAAAAAACAAUUGUUACCCCUUACCUCCAAAAGAAGAAUCUAAUAUCGGUGAUAGUGACUGAGACAUUGAGCAAACCAUAAAUUCAAAGAGCAGAGUGUGAGAAAGUCUGAUCAACCACAAAAUCUCAGUAAAAGGAGUCCCAGACAGGAAGAACAAGUAGGACCUGUCGAUGCGGGUGGCCAGUUGAAUCCCGAUGAAUAUGCGGUUCCUCUUUGCAGCUGGGAACAUUUGACCUCAAUUUAUCUGUGUCUUAAAUUUCAGUGCACAAUUUAUUCACACUGCUGUACAAUCUUUUUUCAAGGCAAACGUUCGCCAAUUGCACAUCUGAAUGUAAAUUAUAUUUGGAAAUCCAGUUAGAUAAUUUUCAUUAAAAUACUGUGGAAGUGCAAUCAGAAUGCUGAACCGGAAAUAUAUUCUGAGUGGACUUGUUGUUAUUUUUCUUUGUGGGUCAUUUUAUUGGAGAGGAAAUACAUUAAUAAACUAUUGGAAACCAAUUAAACAAAAAUCGGGUUACAAUGUGCGAUAUGAACACUUAGAUCUGGCAGGAAAGAACUCGACUUGUUGGAAGAUAAUUAGUGGUGACACUGAAGCUAUUGAAGAGGCUGUUUUAACCUCGAUCACAGUCGAAAGCAAACAUAAAGUCGUCACUGAAAUUGAUUAUUUAGCAAUGACGCAAGACUGCUGCCAUUUCAUUAAAAACCGCAAAUACAUCACAUUCCCAUUAAGUACCACGGAGCAGAAUUUCCCUCUGGCCUAUUCUAUGGUGAUCCAUACUAACAUUGAGAUGUUCGAGAGGCUCCUCAGAAGCAUUUAUGCUCCACAGAAUGUGUACUGUGUCCACGUGGACAGGAAGUCUUCAAAACCAUUUUACUCAGCGGUUCACGCUAUCGCCUCCUGUUUCAACAAUGUCUUCAUUGUAGGAAAAUUAGAAUCGGUGACAUACGGCUCAUGGUCUAGAGUUCAGGCUGAUCUGAACUGUAUGGAAGAGCUGCUGCAGAGCCCUGUCCCAUGGAGGUACCUCAUCAAUGUUUGUGGGCAGGAUUUUCCAACGAAAACCAAUUGGGAGAUAGUCAAUAGUCUCAUUGCCAAAAAUAGCUCAAAUGUUAUGGAUUCAGUACCUCCGCCAAAGUUCAAAAAGAGAAGAUGGGAAUUUCAUUAUGAUACACACAAGGGCGUCGUCAGAACACAUCGAACGAAGAGUCCACCACCCAUACACAGUCCCAUGUUUGUGGGGGGUGCAUAUGUUCUUGUCACUAGAGAAUUUGUGAGGGCUUUGUUUGUGAACCCGGAAACACAGGCGUUUUUCAAGUGGUCUGAAGACACCUACAGCCCGGACGAACACAUCUGGGCAACCCUGCAGAGAAUGCCUGAGAUACCCGGCUCCAUACCGUACACUCCAGGGCUCUACAAGAGUGAUCCAGUUGUUACCCGAGCAGUGAAGUGGUCUUUUGAGGCUGGGGAUGUAGCGAAAGGAGCCCCUUACCCACCUUGCACCGGAAGGUACCGCCAUCAAAUCUGUAUUUAUGGGUCUGGAGAUCUAAACUGGAUCGUCCAACAGGAUCCUUUGUUCGCGAACAAGUUUGAUCCACGAGUGGACAACACAGCUGUGCGAUGUUUGGAGGAAUAUCUCCGAUACAAAGCGAUUAAUUGAACAUUGUCUUUAAAAUUAAGUGAAAUAAGUAAACUCGAUAUAUUGAAGCCCCCACCCCAUGAAACAAUAACGAAAGUUGCACUAUUCUCAUGAAUAGCCCUGUAGAGUAGGAGGCAACAUUAAUUCAAACCGGAGCAUUCCCAUGAACCGAAUUCUUCAAUUAAAUUAUUCCAUUCACAGCGAAGCUACCAGAAAUCUCUGUAUUGUGCAUCAAAUCAAUCAAACGUUUUUUUUUAGCAGAAAAUCUAUAUAACACUCCUGUCUGGAUGCAUAGAACUGAAUACACUCUGAUUAACGAACAUGCUGUUCCAUUUUUUGCACAAGCCUGAAAUUGUAAAUGAGAACGUUUAGUAAAUAUUCUUAGCGAUAAUAAAAUGAUGCAUAUUUAAUGAUUGGUCUCUUAUAUCACUCUUGUUCUUGUUAAAGGUACUUUGAUGAAUUGCCAACCCCUCUUUAUUUUCUCAAUGUUUUAUAUUUCAAGUCGUGUUUUCUGUUAGAAUUUUGUAAAGUCAAUUUGGUAUGGUCAUUAAAUAAAAUUCUCUCACAAUAUGAGAAGUUUAUGCA